UUUUCUAUUUGGGUUUUUGCUUGACUUUAGUGACUUAACGUGUUUUCUUAGCAUUGAUUCGGGUGAGGUUCCAGGUAUCUUCUAUGACUUUGUAAGUCAAUAAAAGCAAUUGCUUUGUUUUAUAUAAGAGCACGGGUGGGGGGAGGUUUCGGUUACUGGCUGGGGUUAAGGCUUUAGAUGCUCAAAGGGUUUAGUUUUUUGUCUCUGAACAAGUCAUUUUCCAGUUUUCUUCUUUGUUGUUCAUGAUGUUGCCUAUCAAGAGGUCUGCAACUGAUGGAGGUGAUGAGAGGUUGGGAGUAAUGGUUCCUGAUCCCAAAAGAAGAGCUACCCUGAAGAGCUCUUGGAGUGGUGCUAGAAACAUAGCAGGAUUGGGAGGGCUCUCCCUGAAAAGAAUUGUGCUCAACCUGGAACCAAUGCUUCGAUCUUGGGUUCGGGAGGAAGUGGAACGUGGAAUUCUGUCCUCCUUUCACCCAUCUUCAAGAUCCUUGCUCAAUCAGAUUGAGGCAUCUAAAGGGAGAAGCUUGCAGUUGCGCUUUGUCGAUAAACUGCCCCCUACCAUAUUUACAGGCGGCAAGGUUGAAGCUGAGGAGGGCAAUCCCGUCAGGAUUGUCCUAUUUGAUACAAGUAGCAAUAAAAUUGCCACAUCUGGUCCACUGUCUUCUCUUAAGGUUGAGAUUGUGGUCCUCAAUGGUGAUUUUGGUGCUGAUGAGCGGGAAGACUGGACAGAAAAUGAAUUCAACGCAAGCGUUCUUCGUGAAAGGGAAGGUAAAAGGCCAUUGUUGACUGGAGAUCUCAAUGUUACGAUGGCAGAUGGGGUGGGAACUGUCGAUAAUGUGAUCUUCACUGACAAUUCUAGCUGGAUAAGGAGCAGAAAGUUCAGGUUAGGAGCUAGAAUUGUGCAAAGGAUCUCUGGUGAGGUGACAAUCAGAGAGGCUAUAAGUGAAGCAUUCGUGGUGAAGGACCAUCGCGGGGAGUUGUACAAGAAACACCACCCUCCAUCCCAGCGAGAUGAAGUGUGGCGUCUAGAAAGGAUAGCUAAAGAUGGUGCCUUCCAUAGGCGGCUGGCUUCUAACAAUAUUAGUACAGUAAAGGAUUUCCUGCGGUUGCAUGUAACUGACCCAUCUGCGCUGCGCGAUAUGCUCGGUGGUGGAAUCUCAAAUAGGGUGUGGGAUACGAUCAUAGAACAUGCUUUGACUUGUGUUCUAGAUGAUGAUGAGUGGUAUACGUAUACCUACUAUGGAGCUCAACAAAGGGUUGGACUCCUGUUAAAUUCCAUUUUCAAGGUUGUAGCGGCAACAUUUGGUGGCCAAAAUUACCAGCCUUUGGAAAAAUUGACCUUUUCUCAGAAGCUUCUGGUGGAAGAUGCAAAGCGACAAGCUUACAGGAAUGUUGGAGACCUGGUCUUGACUAAUCGGCAAGCAAUUUUUGGCCCCUCAAUGACCCUGACAAAUCUGCUUCCUGAGCCAGAUACCAUCCCAAAUUUACUCCUGCAGCAACCUGAUUUCUCAGUUGCCAACCAAGAUCAACCAGAUAUAGCCCUGGGAUUCAACCAAUCCUCAACAUCCUAUGCCUAUGAAGUGGAAAAAAACAAUCAACCACAGGUUUCUCUUGCACAGGAUGGACAUGGAAUUCAAGCAUUUAAUCCGAUGCUAAGAAACAGUUGCAGAAUGGAGGGAAUCUUCCCUUACCAUGGAGACAACAGUUUGUCACUUUUGCCAGACUUUCAUUUUGCUACCGAGGAUAAUCCUCAGGCUCAAAUCCAAAGUUGGGCUUCAGUCACUCCAGCAUGGGGACAAGCCAGUGGAUUUAUUUUAACUCCAGACUGCGAAUCAUCGGUCGGCAUCCUUCCUUCUUCCCCAGACUUUAAUGUACAUAGCCAAAGCAUGGGAAAGGGCAGAGAUGUGUGCCCCAAAGCUGGGUGGUUGAAGCUUCGAGCUGUUAUCCAGUGGAAGUCAAUUACACGUGGAGCUAAGGCUCUGGCUGCCAGAAGGCGUAUGUAUAUAAAUUACUAGAUUGCAGCAAUGAAGCAUCAUCUCAGAAUUUUAGGAGCCAAGCUUCUCCAAGGUAUGUUAGGUUAGCUUUGUAGGUUUUUUCUGCUAUCAUCUGUCAAGGUUGUGUAAGAUAAUUUCUAAAUAGCAUCUACUCUAGUUUCAUGCAAUCAGGAGGAAGAAACAAUCUCCUAGAUGUUUUAGCUUAGAUUCUGUAGCGUUUUUCCUGUUGAAAAAGCUUUGUGUAUUUUUAGUAUGUAAGCAUAUCAGAUUAGGAGGCAAGUAUUCUCCUUGAGCUGGAAGCUAAUCUCUUCCUCACCAAGCUCUCAUCCUUGUAAGUUGCAACAAGUACAACAAAAAGGGUCUUUGUACAUAGUGUUUGAAAGUCAAGAUCAUAAAUCUAAUAAUCAAAAUUCUGAGAUUUUCACUUUCA